UAAGAAGGGAAAUUUCCCCUCAAAAAUACGAGAGUUGGACAAGGCACGAAGUUUGGGGUAUUGGGCAGGCGGGUCUUGUCAGAAAACAUUGGUGGUUGGCAUUAAUGACGAUGGUGUGUGCAUUUUGCAGAAAUGUACCUCAAUUAUUUUUUUUACCGUGAUAGUAGUGUCUAAUUUUGUUGCAAUUUUGAUGCAUUCAGUGGCACAGAAUGAUAUGGUCAAAGCACCUAACAUGGGUGAUGUGAAAUACGAGUGUCAAACGUGCACCUUCUGCUCCAGGGACUUUAAGUCAUCAUCAGAAUUUAUCCAGCAUCUUCGGGAUGUGCAUUGUACAAGGGAGGGUGGAUCAUUUGUCUGUCGCUACGGAAGUAACGGUGUGUGUGCUUCACUUCCCCUGGAUGGCGUCAGUGACCGUGACUAUGAGAGCCACGUUAACAGAUACCAUGUGAAUCAGGUUACAAGGAAUCCGGAGCAGUGGACGGUAUUUUCGGCAGCACAGAAUCUACCAGCUGUUCUCAAUGAUCCCAAUAGGAGCAAACAGACAACCUUCUUCACACGAACAUGGGGUGAUAGUUUUGUCGAUCGUAGCGGUGCCGUUUCAGCAUCAAAUCGCCUUCCGGACAUUACAUGGAAUCACUUUCAGAGUUAUUUAGUUAAAAUUGGUAAACGCUACAAGCGACACACGCGCUUUGAGAAGCAACAUACGGCACCCUUGACGAGUCACAUUGGAAAUCAACAAAAUGGAAAUGACAUCACGGGGAACUAUGGGCUUCAGGAUAUUCCGCAGAUUUUUAUGAAACCCCACCUUGAGCUGAGUAAUCCCGCAACGUUUGCAUCUGUUUUUCCCGGUGUUGGAGACGGUGGCAAUGCUACACAGUCCGGACGUUUGCUGCAGGAAAAACUGAGUCACUACCUGGACAUUGUGGAGGUGCAAAUAGCACGACAAGUGGCACAAAAGUCAUCUGCCUUCUUCCACGCUAUGACAUCACAGGAUACAAUUAUGGCCCAAAUGCGGGAAGCAAGUACCAAUGUGAGACAAUUGCGAAGUAAACUCCGUCAUAUUGAUGAAGCACAGGUGAGAGAAGCACUGCGAGUGGCAAAAUUAGCUAGAACAAGAACUCACUAUUUGGUGGUGCUUGAGAAACUCCACCUAAUGGCGACGGUGCAUCAAACACAACCAAUGAUUCAACUCCUUCUUGGUACGCAAGACUACGUGGCUGCUUUGGAUCUCAUUGGGACAACACAGGAGAUUGUGGCACAGGAACUUGUGGGUGUUCACUGCUUUCGGCAUCUCCCGUCGCAGCUUAUGGAGAUGGAACGACUUGUGGAUAAAAUGCUAACGACGGACUUUGAAAAGUACGCAACAGCUGACUUCAAUCGACCCCUCACUGCCAAUGAAAAGGUCCUCGAUGAGGAUAAGCUCGUGUGUAUAAUCUCGGGAUUGUUGCGAAAGAAGAAUUUCACAUUUGUCGGAACGUACAAGGAGGAGGCAAUUGUGGCCAUUAAGGCAAUUGUGAAGCAACUUGUUAUUGAAAUAAUUGCAUCUGCAGAUGAGGAGAUUUGCCUCACGGGAGCUGGUGAGGAAGCACAGAGUCUCUCACUGGGGGAAUGGAUAAAAUUCCUUGAGACUGCCACGGGAACACUUCUCAUGCUGCUGAAACGCGUUAAGGCCGUGUACAGUGUUAUGCUACAAACUGCAGAUGUUAGUGCUGGGAAGGUUCAAGAAGUAACCACCACUGUUAUGGAUUCUGAGGUUUUCCUCUCACUGCAAGAUCACAAAGUAGUACAACAGAGAUUAAGUGAUCUUCUCAGUGGGGUUUGCAACUAUUGCCACGAACGCUGUGCCAAUCUUGUAUCCAAUGAAAGUCUCGAAAGGAGCUCUGUGACGGCGGAGCAUAUAGCUCGUUUGAGUGCAGUUGUAAAUGACUUCAUUGGGGGAUGUGAAGAGAUUUGUGGGAGUCAGAGUGUUGCCCUUAGGGUGGCUGUGACAAAUCAGGGCACAAGAUUUGCAAAUAAGUUUCACGCUGAGAGAAAAUCCAAAUUAGCACUGCUACUUGAUAGCGAGAGGUGGAAGCAGGCAGAUGUUCCGGGUGAAUUUCAGCGGAUGGUGGAGCAUAUUGGCCGCAGGGAAUUUGAGUGGACACGCCAAAGUGAUGAUGGUAUAUCAUCACCACCAUCUGCUGUACUUCUUGUCGAUGGGGAACCUUUUACGCUGGUGGGGGCUGCACUACUUCUUGUCCAAAUUGUCAGUGAAUACUGUCGGUGUGCCCAGCAAUUGCCCAUUAUUUCGGCCCAAUUGUCACGAAGUGUUGUCGAUCUGUUGCGUACAUUCAAUUCACGUUGUUGCCAACUUGUUCUCGGUGCUGGUGCCCUUCAUGUGGCUGGUCUCAAAACCAUCACAAGUGGGAAUUUGGCACUCGUAUCGCGAGCCCUUCAGCUAGUCCUGUGGCUCUUGCCGCAUGUUAAGAGUCACUUUCAGUGUUUGGAGUCAAAUGGUGCUAAUCUUGCUGGGUAUGAGACAGUUGAAAAGGACUUUGUGAGUCACAUUAAGGAAAUUGAAAAUAAGGUUUUAUCCAUUGUAUGCUCACUCGUAACCAACCAGCUAAGCAGCUGGGAUGCCCGACCACCUGUACCAUCGCAAGCAUUCCGCAAUAUAUCGAGGCACUUUGUAAAGCUACACGAAGCAAUAGCACCCAUCCUACCGGAUGCGCAAGUUCACAGCAUCUACAGAGUUGUUCACAGAAGCUUCAAAGAUAGACUCCGAGAGCAAAUUCUCAAAUAUAACAUCAUCAAUAAUGGUGGGCCGCAGCAUGGUGUUGUAACAUCCGAAUUAACUUUCUACCUGGAAACCCUAAGGACCCUCAAAGCUAUGCCUUUGGAUGAACUUCGUGAUGAAACUCUCAAUGAUAUCUGGAACAAGUAAAUUCCCCCCGAACAUUGCUUUCGUUAAAUCCUUCUUAUUUUGUUCCUCAUUUUUUUUUGUUUCUUUCAUGUAUAUAAAUUAUGUAUAAUUUUUACCAAAUUGCUUGCUUCACAAGUACAUAAAUAUAAUUAUAUAAGAAAAAAAAAGAAGGAGGAAUGCUGCAUUGCAAAACAUUCACACUUUCCUAUUCCAAAUUAAUAGAGAGAAAUUUAGUAAAAAUUUGUGACUAAAAAAUGUUUCUAAAAUAUUUAGGUGCAAUAGAAAUUCUGUAUUGUAUACAUAAAUAUAUUAAAAAGAAAAAGAGAGAUACCCAUUUAUGAAAAUAGAAAUAAAUUAAUAAAUCAAAUAAAA